CUUCUCCGGGCCUUUUACCUUGGGUUUGUGCGCUCUGCCCUCUCAGCCUACCGCCUGGAAGACACGUUUGGCCCAGACCCAACGAUGAUGCGAGCCAACUGCCUGGUCCAGACCACAGAGUGGAGCGCCUGUUCCAAGACCUGCGGGAUGGGGCUCUCCACCCGGGUCACCAAUGACAACGCCUACUGCAGGCUGGAGAAGCAGAGCCGCCUGUGCAUGGUCAGGCCCUGCGAAGCCGACCUGGAGGAGAACAUUAAGAAGGGCAAAAAGUGCAUCCGUACCCCAAAAAUCUCCAAGCCGGUCAAGUUCGAGCUGUCUGGCUGCACCAGCGUGAAGACCUACCGGGCUAAGUUCUGCGGGGUGUGCACGGAUGGCAGGUGCUGCACCCCGCACAGAACCACCACCCUGCCGGUGGAGUUCAAGUGCCCGGAUGGCGAGAUCAUGAAGAAGAGCAUGAUGUUCAUCAAGACCUGCGCCUGCCACUACAACUGUCCGGGAGACAACGACAUCUUUGAGUCCCUGUACUAUAAGAAGAUGUACGGAGACAUGGCCUAAAGCCAGCGACUGAGA